CUCAGAUCAAGUUUUGGUAAGUGUUUCUUUAUACUAAGUUUAAUAGUGUUAUCGCAUUUUAGGGAUUGUUGCUUUUUUAAUGAAGAUCUGAAUUACUAGAUCUUAUUUGCUAAUAGAAAUAGAGAAACUUGAUUAUUCAAUUGGUUAAAGAUGUCGAAGAAUACAAUUUCAGGUGCUAAAGGUAUUACUUUCUCUGGCGAAACGUUUACCGUUCCAGAAACUCAUGACAUGGUUAAGACGCUAUUUGAUCCGUGUAUUAGAAAAUCAAUCUGUGAAUUGAUUAUUGUUAGUUUGUUACUUGCUAAUGGAUUGGUUUUUUGGUUGGUUGAUGACUUCAACUUCCAAAUCAAGAUUUUCAUUGGUUUAUACAUUUUUUGGAGAUUGUCUUAUAAUUUUGGUAUUGGAUGGUUAUUGAAUCAACAAUCAAAUCAUAAUAGAUUGGUUAAUUGGUCGAUUCAAUUAAAUAUUUUCAAUAAUGAAAAUAAAUCGCUUUUAUCUAAAUUUAUGAAGUUGGAAAUUCAAUCGCAGAUGGGUAAUGAUUACUCGAUUUCAGAUUAUCCAAUUGAAUUCAAUACUUGGUUGGUUUUCAGAAAAAUUGUUGAUUUAAUCUUGAUGUCUGAUUUUACCACCUUCAUUUGCUUGGUGGUUUCCUGUUGUUUGAAAGAUGAUUGGCAAUUCAUUCAAAAUCAAUCAACUUGGUUGAUCAAUUCAAGAAUCGUUAUUGGUUCCUUAUUGAUUUUAUUUAAUUUAUGGGUUAAAAUAAAUGCUCAUAAUACUAUUAAAGAUUACGCUUGGUAUUGGGGGGAUUUUUUCUUUAGACAAAUCAAUAAUGAAGAAUUGAUCUUUGAUGGAGUUUUUGAAAUGGUUCCUCAUCCAAUGUACUCAAUUGGUUAUAUUGGAUAUUAUGGUUUUGCCCUUAUUUCAAAAUCUUAUACGGUGUUGGUUAUUGCUUUAUUUGGCCAUUUUUUACAAAUGAUUUUUUUGCAUUUUAUUGAAAACCCUCAUAUUGAUAAAAUUUAUGGUCCUUCUGAAAACGAUACCGCUUUAGCUAAAAUUUUUAAAUUGAAGGAUUUGAAAAAUUUCGAUAAUGCUGAACCUUUGAUCGGAUUAUGGAACUUUAAUUGGUUUAGGGCUAGUGAUUUAAUUAAUUUAAUCAUUUCUAUAACCUAUGCCAUUAUAAUCCCUUUCAUGAGUUCAAUUGCAACUAAUUUAGAAUUUAGAGGCUAUCAAAUUACUAUUGACAAAUUUCUCUUCUCCUUAACUGUUGCCAUUAAGUUAUUUGAAUCAAUUGUUGUAAAUGUAUUAUUACUUUUACAAAGUUACAAUAAAUUUUUCACUAAAUGGUAUUUACUGAAAAAUAUUCCAGUUUCAAAGUCUUUGAAUAAUUGGUCAGUCUUGUAUAAUUCUUUGAUCAAUUUGACCUAUUCUUCAUUUAUUGGCUUUAACUUUUACAAUCUAUUCACAAUUCCUUUAUACUCUACAAAAUUAUUAAUUCACGAUUAUUUAUAUUUAAGAAUUUUCUUUGGAUUUUUGUUGGUUAUAACUCAAAUUUGGAUUAAUUCUUCAAUAAUUGAUCUGAUUGGUUACUUUGGAUGGUUUUAUGGUGAUUUCUUCAUUCCAAAGUCUUCUUUUUUACCCCAUAGAUCAACCUUGACUAAAGCUGGUGUUUAUCGUUACUUGAAUAAUCCUGAACAAAUUUUUGGUAAUUGCGGUAUAAUUGGUAUAACCUUGAUAAUUCCAAAUGUUGAAAAUAUUAUUAUUACUUUAAUUUGGGUUACUAAUAACUUUCUUCGUAACAACUUCAUCGAAAAAGUUCAUAUGAUCAAAAUCUAUGGCGAAGAUGAAGUUUUGAAAGAUAGUGGGGUUACAAAGACUUUCAAGACUCAUUUGUUACCGGAUGUUAUUCAAAGAAGAAUCAGCCAUGGUCAAAUUUCUUCUAGAGAUAUUGAUUAUAUUCGCAGUACUUCUAAGUCAGGUCAUAAAAGAAGAAGAUCUUCCGUUAUUGCUGAAUCGAUUGAUAACUUUAUCAAGGAUUUAAAUAUCAAUAAUUAUCAAAAUAAGAUUUCAAAGAAAAACUUAUUAAGUUUAUCAGCCAAUGACGAAUUCUCUUCAAGUGAUUAUGGAAUAAGUUUCCAAAAUUUAUCAAGGGAUAAAUCAGAAAAUCAUUAUUUCACAUAUAUGGGAGAUGAAAUUAAAAUUGAUUGGAAAGCGCCAAAAUCCCAUUCCAAAAAAGAUUGGAUUGGAUUAUAUAAAAUUAUUCAAACUUCUUAUUCAAGAAAGAAAACACUAAUUCUGUCUCAAGGUAGAUGGAAUUGGUGUGAUUCGGAAACUGAAGGUGAAAUGAGUUUUAAAGGAAACCAAUUAUUUUGGGAUGAAGGUAUUUACGAAUUCAGAUAUCAUUUAGAUGGUAAACAUGAAGUUGCAUUUAUUUCUCCACCAUUUGAAAUUAAGAUUAACCAAAUUGAAGUUCCCUUUGAUAAGGAUGAAGAAGAAGUCAUGAAUUUUGCCAAUUCCUUGAAGACUAGCAUUUUCGAUAAGAUAAUUGGAAAAGAAAUAAUUGGAAGCGUUAAUACUUCUAUUCUGUCAACUUUGAUUGAAACAACUAAAACCGAUAUCAUUAAAGUGUAUGAGAAGCUUUCCAAAUUGAUAUCAAAGUCCACGGGUAUUAAGAUUCAUUCUAAAUUUCUUAUUUACUAUGAAGAUGAAAAUGGAGACGAAUCGAACGAAUUCACUAUUAAAAGUUUAAGUUUACAAUUGAUCAAUAUUAAUAAGAUCUUACAUGAUUUGUCGAACGAAGAUGAUUUAUCAAAUGAUUACAUCAAGAAAACUGAAUAA